GGGCCCAGGAAAGACUCAGAGCCUGACUUCAGCCGCCCUCCUCAUACUCUAUCCUCUCUGCCCGCCCUUGCUUUCUACCUCCUUCUCCUUCUCCUCCCCCAUCAUACGCGUCGGCUGAGCUGGCUUGGUCCCACCCUAUCCUCACCCCCUCCAUUCCCCGCUUGCUAGUCACGCUUAGUUGGCGCGACGGCGACAGCGAAGACAGCAACGACCACAAGCCGGGGGCUAUCACCACUAACUCUAUAUACAUGUCAGCGAGUAACCACCCUCCACUGGCUGUUGGUUCCCACCGCCACAGUCAGAUUCAAAGGCAGGGUGAUGCCAGCGCGAGUACAAGCAAUACUCUGUCCAGUGCUGCUGCUGCGGCACGACGCGAACGUGAACAUGUCCUUGAGACCAGCACCAUCAAGCAUCGUUCCAAGACAGACGAGGGACGGUGGAUCAAUACGUACUUGAUCAAGAAGCAGCUGGGAAAGGGUCAACAUGGGGACGUUUACUUGGCGUAUGACCAUAGAGAUCCAGAGCAUCCUCAACCAGUGGCUGUCAAACAGAUGCGGCGCAAAAACAAGCAGGACAAAUACAACAACCUUAGGCGGUCUCCGCUUCCUUCGUCUCCUCAUACAGGUCUUGCAGACCAUGUCAGUGCUACAGAGUACAAGAUACGCAAGGAGAUUGCGAUCAUGAAGAAAAUCAACCACCCUCAUGUUGUCAGGCUCUUAGAAGUCAUUGACGAUAGGAUGGACGAAAGAAUCUACAUGGUCAUGGAAUACCUUGGUGGCGGCGAGAUCAAAUGGCGGACUACAGACAAUGAGCCCGCGCUGCGAGUAGACCAAGUACGGCGGAUAUGUCGAGAUGUCAUCCUCGGCCUAGAAUAUCUGCAUAAACAAGGUAUCAUUCACCGCGACAUCAAACCUGCCAACCUCCUCUGGACGGAAGACAGACGCAUGGUGAAGAUUGCCGACUUCGGCGUGUCACAUUACUCUUACGCCCUACAUUCAUCUCAUGAUGGCACCAUUCCACCCGAAGAAGAUCCCCUGCUCAAGGAUGACUCGGGCUUGACAAGGUUCGCAGGCACACCGAUGUUCCUCGCUCCAGAGAUCGUCGAAGGCAAUAUAGGUUCUACGGGUGAUGGUGUAAAUGGUGCCGACGGCGCCGAAUCUAGCAGUACUCUGAACCAACAACCUCCGGCAACGACUUCUCUUCCUCAACUCCCUUCACCAUCAGAGUCCGGGACGGUCACGCCGGCCCCUCCUCGCAAGUCCAAUAUCACAAAGGCAAUUGAUGUCUGGGCGUUUGGCGUGACACUGUAUGGCUUGCUGUUUGGCAAGAUGCCGUUCAUGGUAGAGGGUGGAACUGAGUUCCAGAUUUAUCAUGCCAUUCGGAAUCUGGAUUGGAACGUGCCUGAGACCAUGGGGUCUGACAGGAUCCCAGUCGGUGGAAGGAGGCAGAGGAAACCUAGAAAGGGAGAAGAGACGGAGGGAUAUCUUGUUGUGGAUUUGUUGGAGAAGCUGCUAGAGAAAGACGCUAAUAAGCGGAUUACAUUGGAAGGGAUCAAGAAGCAUCCUUGGAUCCUACGAGACAUGUCCGAAGCUGAUGCCCAGAACUGGGUGUCUGGCACUCGUAAAGAGGAGCCUGGCGCGCGUACACCCACAGAAGACGAGACCAGGGGUGCUGUCACCAAGAUCAUCUUCUCUUACAUCGAGAAGGGCAAACGUAUAUUUCGUCUCCUUCGUCCGCCGCGUCCGAACCCGUCAGCCGCGUCCCGUCGCAUGAACUCUCCUCGGCGAAGUCGAUCUCGCAAAGGCAAGGAAGUAGGGGUGCAAAGUGCCCCUUCCAUGGGAUUGCAUCGACAUCGCAGUAGUGCAGAGGUCAUUGCGAGGGAACGACAAAAGAAGGAUAGACUGCUGAGGGCGCAGGUUUCAAAGGCUCAGCUUAGGAAAGUUCAAACCCCACCGCCGAUUGAUAUUGGGACGUCAAGUAGUCGGAGUAUUGCCACCACGAAGUCGGCCAAGUCUUCAACAACUCAGGGCUCACAAUUUGAAGCCUUUCCGAUGUGGAACGAUGGCGGUUCGCGGAAAAAUCGACGUGGAUCUGUGACGAGUCGAGGGACCUUGGAUUCAUUGCAAGUUCCUUCCUCUUCACUUUCGCGGUCUCGUUUGGCUUCGCCACAACCUCUAACGCCGAACAGUCUUACAGCAGGCUCAGCUUCAUCAAGCCAAGUCCCUAGUCCAAUAAGUUAUGAUGUGUCUCCUCAAUCAACACCUAUAGAGGAACGUCCCAGAAGUCGUGCGUCCAUCUCGAGCAUGUUUAGCUGGCUCCGACUCAAUCGCUCAUCCACAUUUUUUGGUCCUUCCCCUCAAGGUGCCGAAAGCGAAGCUGAAGCCGAAGCCAGCUCGGCCACACUCCCCGUUCCGGUCUCCAAUUCCUCUCCUUUUAGACACUCCCAUGAUGUCAGACAUUCAAUUUCACUGUCACAACGACGAAGCGCGGAUGUGUUUGGUGGUGGGGGCGUUGGAAAUGGGAGAGCUUAUUCGAGACAGAGUAGUGGAAGUGACGGUCUAGCUCUAGCGGUACGUGCGUCCAGUUGGGGAGAGUUUGAGGAGUACGCGAGGCCGUCGGAAGAUCAUACAAGUCUGUACUCGGAAGGAGUGGAUAACGAGACGUAUCUCGUGGGUGCUGGUGGCGUCGCACGCUCGCCGGUUUCUUCGUUACCUACCAGCGGAGCCCUCAGCCGAGUGUCAUCAAGCAUCUCGUUAGGCCCUUCUGCUUUGUCGGCUGCACAGAUGCUCCUUCAUAGGAGUGACCGGGAAGGCGGCGACUUACCCUCUGCUCCUGAUCCUGCGAGUCAAGAUCCUAGCAUUCUUCAACGACAAGGACAAUAUCGUUCUCCUGGGCAUUCUUCAGUUACCAGCCCGUUGUCACGGCCUUUGUAUUCUCGCGGCGAUUCAGGUUAUUCGGACCAGCAGUCUCUUGCUUACCCGUCGGUGUUCGAUGAAGACGACGAAGGAUCGAGUUUGAAUCACUCUGGUCAGGAGACACCUUUGGAAACGGCGUUCCAACCGAGUACGAGUCAGUUGUACCAGGAGGAAGAUGAGGAGAGCUCUGAUGAUAGUGAGGAGAACUUCCCGUUGGAGGUGAAGACACGAAGACCAUCUGUGACUAUGUCAGAAGCUUCAUCCCCGCCACCUCGUCGUCGACGGUCCGAGUCGAGAUCGACGAUGGCGCCGCCAGCGCCGCCACCUAGGAUGAGUAGUGAACGUUCGGAACGGAGCGAGCGGACAGUGGUUUGUUCAUAGCGAGGCCUUGCGUUCGUCUAUCUAUCGCGGGCCAAUCAUUCGAUCUGGAAAAAAGGACGGUCUCAUGCGUUGAUUUAUUGUUUUUUCUUCUACUUCUACUUCCUUCUCCGUCCUUCAGCUUCAUCGCGCCUCAUGAUGUCAUGUUCUUUUUUCUUACAUAGAGAACCUCCCGGACUGACUCCCCUCAUCGCAUCCCUUAUCGCAUUCCCUCUAUCCCUCAUCAUCAUCCUCAUCCUCCUGCUUGCCUCCUUCACUCAUAGAAGUUCCAUUUCUCUUCACCAUUUUGUUGUACAACAGCCACGUUCGGAUUCCUUCGUUCACCUUCCCAUCUUCCAUCCAUCCACCCACCGCACCAUCAGGUUACCCUAUAUUCUAUACUUCUACCUUGCCUUUUUCUCUCCCCUUACCGUAUUUGCGCCUACUCAUCUCACCACUCUACAUCUUUUUUUCUUACAUUCCCACUAUUCUCAUCAAUCAGGCUCAGGCCGACCCUCACCCCCACCCCCACCCUGCUGUAGCAAUGUCAUCGUAGUCUGGAAAUAUAGAAUUAGUUUUUGCACGGACAGCUGCCGUGCAAGAAAGAGU